UGAAGUACCAGGAUGAGAUGAAUUGCAGCGCAUGCCCCUCAUAUUCUUUACAAAACAAGGUGACAGUAGCUCGAGUGUGGACGUGAGCGAGGGACAAUGGUGAAACUACAGCACAUUCAGUCUCGCACUGAUUUGUGCGGUUGUUUUGCUUGUUUUUCACAGAGAGGAAAGCGAGCGCAAUGCUGCCCGUGCGCGCUCCCGACGGGCUGUGUGGAGAGGAGACGGCGGCGCGCGCACCUCGCACAGUGCAUCGAGCAUUUGGACUUAGAAGCAGGAAUAUUUCUCUGAGCAGGGGGAGACUUUGGAGAAGUUGCAUCUAGAGAAUGGAGAGUUCUGGUUGGCUGGGUGAAACCGAGCCUCCUGAAGGCCACGUCUACGAAGUGAUGGUGGUCCAAAACACCACGGCCCCUCACAAUCACCCAUUUGCAGACGUAGCUCUGCUGCAGACCUUCAAACCACUCAUAAUACCCUGCUACGUUCUCGUGGUGCUGGUGGGCGUCUUCGGCAACUACCUUCUGAUCUACGUCAUCUGCCGCACGAGAAAGAUGCAUAACGUCACCAACUUCUUCAUCGGCAACCUGGCCUUUUCGGACAUGCUGAUGUGCGUGACCUGCGUCCCCUUUACGCUGGCCUACGCCUUCAGUCCACACGGCUGGCGGUUCGGGCGUUUCAUGUGCUACCUGGUGUACCUGAUCCAGCCGGUCACCGUAUACGUGUCGGUUUUCACUCUAACGGCCAUCGCCGUGGACAGGUACUAUGCCACGGUGCACCCUUUGAAGAAGCGCAUCUCAAUGCAGGCUUGUGCCUAUGUGCUGUCUGGCAUCUGGCUGCUGUCUUGCGUGCUGGUAGCACCCGCCGUGGCCCACACCUAUCACGUAGAGUUCAGAGAGGAAGGCCUUACCAUCUGUGAGGAGUUUUGGUUGGGCCAGGAGACCCAGCGACUGAUCUACGCCUACAGCACACUGCUCCUCACCUACAUCCUCCCUCUGUCCGCCGUCUGCGUCUCUUACCUGUGCAUCUCCGUCAAGCUACGCAACUGCGUGGCCCCCGGACACCGCACGCGAGAUCAGGCCGAAGCCCAGCGUGCUCGCAAGCGCAAGAUCUUCAGGCUGGUGGCUCUGGUAGUGGCGGCGUUUGGAGUCUGCUGGCUGCCCAUCCACGUGUUCAACGUGCUGCGCGACAUCGAUAUCCACCUCAUCGACAAGCGUCACUUCUUGGUGAUCCAGCUGUUGUGCCACCUGUGCGCAAUGAGUUCGUCCUGCUGCAACCCAUUCCUGUACGCUUGGCUGCACGACCGUUUUCGAUCCGAACUGCGCAAGAUGUUCACCUGUCAUCGUCGCAUCGGCAUAUCUGCCAACCAAUGCGCGACAGCCAGCGUGGUACUGUGAACUUUAGAGAGAAGCAUUUAAUAUUUAUGAAGGAUCCACAAAAUGUAAAUAAUGGAUGGAUUCAAGCUUACACAAAUAUGUGGCACAUUAUCAUUAUUAUGAAGUUAUUCACAAGCAUUUUUCCUGUAUAUCUCAAUGAAAAUCAUACUUUUUGCUCAUGGGCACAGACAUUUUGGCAGCAAAAUACUAUACGGCAUCAACCAGAAGGGGCUUUCUAGCUAGUGCUAACUCCCAUGGGCUGUGCUCAGUACUUCCUAAUGGUAGGAAGUAAUAUAUGUUAAGAAAAUAAGGUUAGAUUUACUUUAGGUUGAUUGAAGUGGAUGUUUAAGCUGUGACCCUGGACCACAAAACCAAUCAAAAGAAAGUUUUAAAAAAUUGAAGUUUUUGCAUAAUCUGAAUAAAUAAGCUUUCCAUUGAUGUAUGGUUUGUUAGGAUAGAUACAUAUUUGAAAAUCUGGAAUCUGAGGGUGCAAAAUAUCCAAAUAUUGAUAAAAUCACCUUUAAAGUUGUUCAAAAAAAGUCUUUAGCAACACAUAUUACUAAUGAUAAAUCUUUUUUUUAGGAAAUUUACAAAAUAUUUUAAUGGAACAUGAUCUUUAGUUCCUAAUCAUUUUUAUCAUAAAAAAAUAUCGAUAAUUGACCCAUACAACACUGAAAAAAUGAUUCAUUCAAUUUACUUAAUUUUUUAA